AUGCAACUGUAUGAUCUCCAACCACUCCAAUUGGGAGAUAUGGUCUUCUCAACCACUGCUCCGCAUGAAACAAUGUGCAAUUGCCUUGAGCGCAUUAUGGAAUCUGCUAGGUAUUCUUCUGGUGUCAUCAUUAAUACCUUCAGUGAGCUUGAAGGUGCCGACCUGCAAAAGAUCAUCCAUGGUGUAGGUGUCCCAGUGUAUGCGGUUGGUCCGCUUCACAAGAUAUCUUCAGGUGCCCAGAGCAGCCUAUUGGAUGCCGAUAAAACUUGUUUGAAUUGGCUGGACAAGCAGGAGGCGAAGUCCGUUCUAUUCGUGAGCCUUGGGAGCUUGGCAUCCAUGACCCAUGAAGAGCUCGUGGAGACCGCAUGGGGCUUAGCCAAUAGCUGCAUGCCAUUUCUUUGGGUGAUUAGGAAAAACUUGGUUCAGUGUUCAAGGAAGGUAGGCCUACUUGAAGGCUUUGAGGAGGUAACACGCGGUAGGGGAAUGGUGGUGAGCUGGGCCCCUCAACAAGAAGUCCUUGGGCACCAAGCGGUUGGUGGCUUUUGGACCCAUAACGGCUGGAACUCGACGUUGGAAAGCAUAUGUGAGGGUGUUCCAAUGAUAUGUAGACCCCAUUUUGCCGAUCAGAUGAUUAAUGCUAGGUAUGUCCAAGAAUUCUGGAAGAUAGGAUUUCAGUUAGAGGGAAAGUCGGAGAGGGGGAAGAUUGAGACGAGUGUUAGAAAGUUGUUUUGCCAGGAAGAAGGUAGAGACAUGAGGCAUAGGGCAAAUGAUCUCAAGGACAAAGCAACCCAGUGUAUGAAGAAAGGAGGCUCUUCAAAAACUAGAAUCAAUUUGUUAGUGAAUUUUAUAAUGUCAUUACCUUCUUCCAUUUAG